ACCGUAACGCUUGGACGUGUCGCGUAGAUACAAAAAGUAAAUUCGAAACGAAACCAAAAAAAACAACGUAAAGCGCAUAGCCACAAUUUCAACUAGCAACAUUCGACGUUUGCCAUGCUGCGCAUCCUUGCCAUAUCUGUAUUUCUAUUUGCUCUCGCCUGGUCGGGCAGUUCGGCUCUGACACCGUCCGGCCUGCAGGUGGCUAAGAAAUGGAAACUCCUGAGAUACAAUUUCCAGCCGCAGGCUCCGAUCACUGAUCCCAACUUUUACAAUCCACAGAAUGUGUUGAUCACAGGAAUUGCCGUUUCGGAUGAUCGCGUUUUCAUUGCCACUCCAAAACUAUUUUCUGGAGUACCAUCGACAGUUAAUUGGGUGUCAAAGGCUCAGUUUGGCGACUCACCCAUUCUGCAGGCAUAUCCCGAUUGGUCCUUUUCGAAUACUGCUCGUACCAAUUUCAAUUGCAGUGAUCUAAUCUUGACAUCGGUUUAUCGUCUGCGCAUUGAUUCUUGCAAUCGCCUGUGGCUCUUGGAUGCUGGAAUCUCACGCUCAUUGGAGGACUACGAAAUGACUUGCCCACCCAAAAUACUUGUGGUUGAUCUGAACACAGAUCGGGUUGUCCGACGCAUUGAUUUCCCUGCCGAGGUGCUGCGUGGAGAGUCUCUCUUUACCAACAUGGUGGUGGAUGAGACCACAGCCAAGACCUGUGAUGAUGUCUUUGUCUAUAUUACGGAUACAGUGGAGCCCGGCAUUAUAGUGUACGACAGCGGCAAGGAUGUUACCUGGCGUGUGUCUCACCCGGCUAUGUAUCCCGAUCCGGACUUUGCCCAAUCCGAGAUCCAUAACGAUCGUUUUGUACUAAUGGAUGGUGUUGUGGGCCUGGCAUUUGAUGAGCGCACUGGAGUGGUUUAUUUCCAGCCCCUGGCCACUGAUCGCGUAUUCUCGGUACACAAAAAUGUGUUGCGAGCAGGCCCACUGCCCAGUAGCCAAAUGUUGGAUGUUAAACUGGUGGGCAAGAAGUCAUCUCAAGGCAUUGGUCUUGCCGUUUCACCAUUUGAUAGCAGCCUUAUCUUCAGUCCUUUAACUGAGACGGCCAUUGCCUCUUGGAAUCCUGCAAACAACCAGCAAUCGGUGUUGGCCUUUGAUCGGGACCAGCUGCAGUUCAUUGCGGAUAUAACCACAACUCGCUCGGAGCCGGGCGUAAUUUAUGCCAUUGCCUCAAAGUUCCAUCGUUUCUUUUUGAAGAAUCUGAAUCCCAAUGAGUUUAACAAUCGCAUUGUUCGCUUAGAAUUGCCCCAGGCCCAGGCCAGCAAUUCUUUGCUGGGUCAGCACUUGGGACUGCCCACAGGUCCCACGCACAAUAGUCUGCUUCAGUAUGGCCUUUACAAUACCCAGGCCCAGACCUCUACAAAUGCCUUGCAGACUUAUUUCACCAGUCCAGCUCUAACCACCCCGUUCACUACCAAAUCCCCCUUCAAGUUCGAGACCACUGGCAUUGUCAACUACGGAGCACGCAAUCCAUUCACAGCCCUCAAUCAGGGUGAAGCAUUCCCCCCCAGCAAAGCCACCAGGGACAAUUAUCAGCGCUCCUAUCUGGACAGUCUAGUGGGCUCAAGUGUUCCAGUAACAAGGCAGGUGACUCUUCCCACACCAUACACCACACGCAAUAGUGGAUACUACUACCAGCGAGGCAGACGUGACCUGUCCAAGAAAACUGAGGAAGAAGAGCCUUAAGCAAUUGAUUCAAGUGUUUGCUGCAAAUGCUGCUGUAAAUAAAUGUUUAACAAAUUGUAUAUUAAACUAAUUUAAUUAAAAAC